AUCAUUGACUGCCAACGUUGCUUCGUUGUGUUCUCGGUAUUUUCGAUCUUGAAACUUGAUUAGUCCGUUACUGUUGGUUGCAGUUCCUUCAUUUCUAUUCCGUCUUUACUCUUGACUCUUGGAUAUCGGGGAGUGUUUCACAUUGUGUCGGAUUGUUUGGUGCCUGAAUUUGACUACAACAUACCAAAAUGUUGACCGUUAGCAGUAAAAUUAUGAAGUAUCUCCUCUUCAUCUUCAAUUUUGUAUUUGUGCUGACUGGCAUUCUGCUCAUCACCAUGGGGAUCAUGAUCAAGUCAGACACUGCAAGCUACAAGCCGGUUCUGAGUGACGAUUACUUCACAGCUGCUAAUCUCCUGAUUUUCAUCGGCAUAUUUGUCUUCUGCGUCGCCUUCUUCGGUUGCUGCGGUUCCCUCCAGGAGAACCACUGCAUGAUUGUCACUUUCAGUGUAUUCAUGUCGGCUAUCUUCAUAGCCGAGGUGGCAAUUGGAGUGGCAGGCUACAUGUUGAAGGCUGAAGCAGUUGAAGUGGUUACCAACGGUCUCAACGAAACGAUGAAGAAGUACUACUCGUCUUCAGAUGCUGCUCAGUUUUGGGAUGAUCUGCAGGGACAGCUUGCUUGUUGCGGCACACAGAGCUACAAGGACUGGCUACAGUACAAUUCGACUCUGCCAUUGUCCUGCUGUGGACCAGCCAAUGGACAGAAAGGACUUAUGGCUUGCACCCCUUCUUCUCCGGAGCUCCACAAGACCCCGUGUUUAACCGCCCUGGCAGGAAUUAUCCAAGACAACGCCUCCUACAUCGGUAUAACAGGAAUCGCCAUCGCUGUCGUUCAGCUACUCGGUGUUGCCUUCUCUUGUAAUCUUGCGCAUUCGAUCCGAAGCAGUUACGAGAGUGUCUAAUGGAAUCUCACAACCUGUCUGCAAAUAUAAGAUCUAAAAGCCAUCCAUUUUAUGUAGCCUUAUAGUGAUCUAAUUGAUACUGAUGGAUUUUAUUGCCAGUUUAAAUUUAUGUCUUCUUAGAAGUAGAGUUUUAAGUGUUGAAAAGAAUUCUUUCUUUAACGCUCAACCAUUUAUCCAUCCAUUAGUGCCUUAUUUUUUUUUACUUUUCCGUUUAUUGCUUAUUUUAGUUAUUGAACAUGACAAUGUUGAAAAUCAGCUGAAUUGAUAACUUUUCCCAAUAGUUUUUCUUUAUGGUGUAUAAAACUGGAACCAAGAAAUCGGUUCAAUUCUCGUUCUCUCUAAUUUGACAUUAUUUGGCAUUUUGUAGUAGUUUUAAGUUUUGCAUUUUAUCAUAGUCAACUAGGUUAAGUUUUUUUUGAGUUAAACUCACAUUGUAACUGAUACAAUUGCAUUUAGUCACACGAGAAUGAGCAAAAAAUCUCACAUUUUACAUUUUUCAUGAAAGAAAUUAAAUAUUUUUUUACAGUAUCUUUUUGUAGGGUCUAAUUUGUCAAUAAAUUGUUUUGUGGUGUAUUAUAUCAUAAUAUGUUUUCUAAUUGACAUUUAUUUUAAGUGUUUUGUCAGUGAGCUCUUUGUUUCUUUAAUUUUAACUUGCUGAAGUUUAUAAAUCUUUAAUUAUUGUUAUUAAGACUAAUGAUGUUAUCACUAUCAAUUAAAUGUUAUCAUAUGAUUAUUAAAUUUUAUUAUAUUUUUGUGUGUUGCUUUCUAUAGUAUAAUGUCUAUUGUAGAAAAAUAUGGUUACUACUUUAUUUGAGAAAUUCCUAUAAAGUUAGACUGAAUAGCUUUGUGAUAAAGAUUAUAGUGUCAUUGAAAGUUAUUGAUCUGUAAAACAUAUUGUAUAUCAAAAAAAUUGUAUAUAAAUUUUUCACAGUGCA